AUGCUUAUUGUUGGUCUAACCGGUGGAAUAGCAUGUGGUAAAUCCACCGUAUCCCACGAGCUCAAAACCAAAUACCAUUACACGGUGAUAGAUGCCGAUUUGAUUGCUCGAGAAGUAGUGAUACCAGGCAAGCCUGCUUACAAGAAAGUUGUCACAGCCUUUAGCGAUGUUCCGAAUUUAUUAAACGAGGACGGCACACUCAACCGAGCUAUCUUGGGAAGAGCUGUUUUUGAAGACAAGAACAAACUAAAGAUUCUCAACUCAAUAGUCCACCCGGCUGUUAGGUGGGAAAUUGUGGCACAAAUCUUGAGCGCCUAUGCUAGCUGCAAAAGCUUGGUAAUCUUGGACGUUCCCUUGUUGUUUGAAUCCCAGUUGUACUUGAUAUGUGGUCUCAUAGUUACUGUGUCAACAGCAGCUGACCUACAAAUUGAGAGAUUGUUGGCUAGAAAUGCCGAGUUGACAAGAAGCGAUGCAGAGAAUAGAAUUAAAAGUCAAAUGUCAAAUACUGAAAGGAAUUACAGAAGUGAUAUCGUCGUUGAUAAUUCUGGGUCAGUUUCUGAUUUGAAAGACGCGAUAGCUCUUCUCUCAAAAGAGAUCAAACCUAGCAAAAUAUGGACAAUUUUAGAUUUGUUUCCACCAUUUGGUGUUUUGUCUGCUUGCUUCACAUUCGCCAUCAGAAGAAUCGCCGAAAAGUACAAGGGGGCAAAACCAAAAUCUACUUAG